AAGUUAGAGCUGCCUCUGUGUUUUCUUUCCCACCUUGCUCAUUGUUGCACUUUUGUGACACUGCAAAGAGUUCAGUUUAUAAAGAUACUUCAAGGACUGAGCAGGGAGAAAAGGCUUUGCUGAUGAUCACAGGAAUUCUAGAAAUACUGCAUUUUGGGAUUUUCAGGCCUAGUGACUGCCCUACAAGACUGCUACUUUUGGCCUGCUACAUCAACAUUAAAGCUACUUCUGCUAUCAGAGACGAGGACUUUCUCCAUCCAUUGGCUGUUUUUGGUGACUUCCACCAGUGUAACCUAACAGACAAUGGCUUAUUUACUAGUUUUACUGGUGCUGAUGCUAGUUUCAGUAUCUGAGUCUGUCCAUUUGGAUCGCCUCGGUCGCUUUGACUGGCAGAAGAGCAUUCGACCAGGCGAGGGAUGCCCUAAAAAGUGCCACCCUGAGCGCUGUCCAGAUGUUAGGCAGCUGCAGGGUUGUCCAGCCGGGCUGGUUCGUGACCAGUGCGGGUGUUGCUGGGAAUGUGGAAACGAUGAGGGGCAACUGUGUGACCCGGAGCCUCGAUCUGGGUCUGCUUUUUACGGGCGCUGUGCUGAAGGUCUGCGCUGCAGAGCCCCACGCAGAAACCCCGCAGGUGAACCCAGAGCCAUCUGUAUGUGCAGUAAGCAGGAAGCAGUCUGCGUUUCUGAUGGAAAGACAUAUAAAAAUAUAUGCCAGUUUCGGGCGGCCCAACACAAGCAAGGCAAAGGUCAGAUGCUGACAUUGGUGCACCAUGGACCCUGCAAGUCAAAACCAGUUAUCACUUAUGCUCCCCGUGACAUCAUCACAACCAAAGGAAGUGAUGUCAUCUUUUCCUGCGAGGUGUCAUCUUAUCCAUUGGCCUCCAUCCAUUGGAGUAAAGAAGGAGACGUUAUUUCUUUUCCUGCUGAUGAUUCAAGCACAGCUGUACAGGCCCGCGGGGGUCCGCGGCGGUUUGAAUUGACCGGCUGGCUCCAGAUUCAAGGAGUGGGGCCGACUGAUGCAGGUGUGUACACAUGCACCGCCAGGAACGCCUUCGGAGAGGUGUCUGCCUCCGCCAGAUUACAGGUUACACAUGGAGGUUCCCAGCUCAGGAAAGAGUUCCGGGAAAAAGAAAAAAACGGAGCUUAUAGAAUAUCAGGCGAAGAGGAGAAUGUCGAUGAUGAAGAUUACGAAGGCCAGCCUAGUGGAUAUAUGUAUUUGUAACAUACCGAGAUUAUAAAAUCAUAGCAUUUAAACACAGAUGUUUGAAAUGUCAGCUCAGCAUAAAAUGUGUACUCUUAAAAUGUUUUAGUGCCCUUUUAAGGGUUUAUGUUUAUGUGUGAGCAUUGUAUAUAAAUCCAAAUCAUUUCUAUUCACUCUUGAGAAUUGUACUUAAAAAUAGAACUUAAUUAAAUAGUUGAUUUACGAA